UACCCAAUGUAUCCCAAGAAGACAUCGACACAAUCAAAUGUGUGUUCUGGGAAUUUGGUGAGGAGUCCAGUUUCUGGUCCACAGAGGGCUGCCAGCUUGCUGAGAUGACCGAUGACAAAGUGUCAUGUGUUUGUGACCAUGCUACUAACUUCGCCAUACUUGUGGAUGUGAAGGGUCAGAAACGUAGAGAUGAUGGUCUCUCCUUCACCCCAGCACUUGAUCUCAUCAGCCAAAUAGGAGGUGCUCUAUCAGUCGCAGCUCUCGCUAUUACAGUAGUAAUUUAUUUGUCUAUAAGCAAACUACGCACCGGCAAAUCUCGUCAGAUUUUCAUCCAUUUUUGUUUCUCCUUGUUGAUGCUGUACAUUGUGUUCCUGGCUGGCAUUGACAAUGGAAGGGGUUCUGGAGGAUGGUGUGUAUUUGUUGGAGCUCUGAUUCACUACUUGAGUCUGACCACCUUGAUGUGGAUGGCUGUUGAAGCCAGGAAUAUGUACGUCAGCACCGUUAAGGUGUUCCCUGAAGACACGCCACGAUACAUGAUCAAAGCUGGACUCCUUGCUUGGGGAUCUCCACUGAUUGUCCUGACCGCAACUUUGGCAGCAGCGACAGAAUCCUACAAGCAUGAUGAUUAUUGUUUCAUCUCUCCUGGUCUGCCCAUGAACCUCGGUCUCAUCACCCCAAUCGCUCUCAUCCUCCUCCACAACGUCAUCACUUUCAUCCUGGUCAUGCGCAGUCUCCUCAAGGUCAAAGAGGCAUCUCGGUCAGAGCAAAUAACCAAACGCCUCCAGAAUGCUGUGGGAAUCUCAGCCCUCAUGGGCUUAACUUGGUGCUUUGGGUUUCUGGCCAUUGAAGGGGCAACUUUUGCCUUCCAGCUCCUCUUCUGUCUGUUUAACUCCUUGCAGGGUGUGGUCGUCUUUGUCAUGUUCUGUGCUCGACGUGAAGAGGUCCGAGCAGCGGUCGCCCCUUACCUUAGACGGAUCUGCUGUUGCCGUGUCUGUCAAGCACCUGAGCUUCAUCCCGAUAGGUCCUACGAUCUCCCAACCUCUCAGACUGCACUCGGCACUUCAAGUAUUAACACAGCCAGCCUUGAUCUCUCCGUGUCUGUAGCAGUGGAGGAGUCACGUAAAAAAUAUGUAUCGACAGAGGCUCUCUGAAUUACAGGGCUUUUAAGUUUUCCCGGGAAGGGAUUUGAGGCUCAGGGAUGGGCAUAGCUCCUUUUUACUAGAGGAGCUUCAAGGUCAAAUUGAGUUUUAUGAUCCACUCACUUAACAAUAGAUAGAGUCCCAAUGAAACUGGGAACAAUUUUAAAUCUCCAACCUCACCUUUAACCUGUUCAAAGUGCACUUUGUUAUAUGCCCUUCAAAUAAGAGAAAACAGAUCGUUGUCCCGAUUAAUAUUUGGUAGCUAGACCCUCAAAAUAAUUCUACUCUAGACAGAUUUGAGAGUCUGAGAAAAGACUUACAGUGUGUAAAAAUUUUGCCUAUUUGUGACCUGGGCUUGUUGACUUCCAACUUGAGGUAUUGUGGAUGACAUAG